GAGACCCUUGCUGACCUAGUCCCGCCCCUGCCGAGAGCUCGGCCGGAAGAUGGCGGCGGCCGCUGAGUUGACGCUGCUGGAGAAGUGUCUGGGGCUCAGUAAAGGGAACAAGUACAGCGCUCAGGGCGAGCGUCAGAUUCCAGUUCUUCAGACGAACAAUGGUCCAAGUCUAACGGGAUUGACUACCAUAGCAGCUCACCUAGUCCAGCAGGCCAACAAGGAAUAUUUGCUGGGGAGCACCGCAGAGGAAAAAGCAGUGGUUCAACAGUGGUUAGAAUACAGGGUAACUCAAGUAGAUGGACACUCCAGUAAAGACGACAUCCGCACUGUUCUGAAGGAUCUUAAUUCAUAUCUUGAAGAUAAAGUCUACCUUACAGGAUAUAACUUCACAUUAGCAGAUAUCCUCUUAUACUAUGGACUUCAUCGCUUUAUUGAAACGUCUUAUCAAUCCAGAGACAACUAGAGAUAACACAAGCCCUUCAGGGAGAUUCCACGGGUCAAAGAGCAAGGACACAGAGCAGCCCGGACCCCAGCCCAAGGUAUCUGUCAGGAGGGCUCUGCCACUGGAACUUUUCUUUCAGUUGCUCUUUGCUGUCUGAGCUGCAGUUGAAAGAUUUGUGUAAAAGAGGAGAAAGAAACAGAGGUGUACUCUGGACCUGACCAUCCCAGAGAACAACGCAACGCAGUACUGGGCGGAAGAAAACAAUCAAACAGCUGGAACGUGUAUCUACAGGCUGUAAGCAACAGAAUUGCAGGAAAGUCAUUGCAUAGGGAUUUAAUAUUGUCCCCUCUGGUAGAUGUCGCCUCCGUGAGGGGAGGAAAAGGCUGGGUCAGCGCUAUAUCCCAGCCCUUAGCACUGCGCUUGGCACACAGAAAGUGCUCAAUCCAUAUUUGUUAAACGUGUUUGAAUGAGGAAAUGAAAAGGCCAGUUAGAGGUAGUAUGGCUUCCCUCUUCCUUCUCUCCAGAUCACCCUCCCCUACUUUCUCUUUAUCCACCACCUACACUUAAACACGUACGCAGGGACCAGGUUGUUUCUGCCCCAAACAGCUGGGCGUUUAGCCUCUCUAUGCCUCAGCCUCGUCACCUGUCAAAUGAGGAGAAUAAUAAUGCUACCAACUUCAGAGGACUGCCAUGAGCCCUAGCUGGGUCAGCACGUACAGAGCACUUACAACAUUAGCUGGCCCGUCAUAAGUGCCACGUAAGUGUUUGUUCAAUUGCAGCAAGUUCUGACACUGACUCCCGGAGUUAGCCCAGACCUCAUAGACUCCAGAAGGCUCCACAGCUCUGGUGGUUCCCAGGCCACCUGAGCUUCUGGCCAGCUGUCUACAAAUGUCAGGAGGUCUCACUUUACCCUUUCAGGUUCAAUAAUUCACUAGAAUGACUCACAGAGCUAAGGAAAGUGCUGUGCUUACGAUUACAAUUUUAUUGUAAAUGAUACAAGUCAAGACCAGCCUAAUGAAUAGAUGCGUAGGGUGAGGUCUGGGAGGGUCCCAAACGCUAAGCUUCUGGGUCCUCAUGUUUGCCUCACCCUCUUGGCACAUUAAAGUACGGCUACCAACCGGGAAGGUCACCCGGGCUGUCCGGAAGGUUUUUACUGGGGUUGCACUGUGAAGACAUGGUUGAUGUAUCAUUGCCUGAAUGACUGAACUCAAUCCCCAGCCCGCUCUCCUCGCCAGAAGUCAAGCUGAUAUUACAUGGCUCAAAGCCUCAACCCUUUAAUCACGUGGUGGUCUUUCAUGCAUGGCCAGCCCCCAUCCUGGAACCAUCCAGGGACCCACGUGAGUGAGCGCUUUAGCAUAACUUCCGGCCCACCAAGAAUAACAAAGCCACUCCCCUCACUUGGGAAAUUCCAAGGAUUUAGAGGUUAUCUUCCAGGAACCAGGGAUACGGAUCAGCCAAGUUCUUUAUUAUACAACAAAAAUAAAGUAGAUUCAAUUCAUUGAACAGGCAGAAGGGGCAAGGAAAACAUUCCAGGAAGGGGGUGUCUAAAAAGGAAGAGGCAGGGCUUCCCUGGUG